AGGCCCCCAUGUUGACUAGUUUUACCAAUAUUUAUUUAAAUUGUAUAUGAAUUAGGACCUCAUGGUGCCCCUAUACCUCCUGCCCCCCCCUGCAGCUGCAGGGUCUGCUUCCUGUGUAGUUACGCCCCUGGCCUAUUUUGAUUCUCAGUCCAGACCUGGGUCUGCUUCUUCUAUAAGUAUGCCCCUGCCUGUUCCCAUUUCACAAGAUGAGACUGUGCUGUCACUCCCCACAUUAUACAAAUCGCCACACAGCUGCCUGAGGGUCACACUCCCUGAUGAUAAAAAGUCUGGUGGUGGUGGUGGGGGCAGUUAAACAAGGGAGAGAGAUGAAUGAACAGCCUAUAUCAAAGGGGACAGAAAGCAGCAGGAGAGAGGGGUGUGGGAUUUGUUCAGUUAUUUAAGCAUAGCUUUUUGUGUGCUCAUUCCCAUUUAGUGCAGGGAUUGACCAAGCCCAUCCCCUGAAUUGCAUUUUAAGAUUCGUAUACUGAAUCAGCUUCAUUGAUAGUUCAGUAGGGGGAACCUCAUUAUAACAUACAACAUAAUGGAAGGAUUGUCUCAAAGAAAUAUGGCCAGGGACAUAUUAUUCCAGGGCCCCAGCAAAAGAUAAAAUCAGGGGGCACCCCCAUGAUCUUGCGAGAUUUCUCAUCUACAUGCAAGGCAAGCCGCUGAGGCCUUUCUGCAACCCGGAACUAAAGUGCUGCGCUUGCGGUGUCCCACGGAUUCCCGUCCCCCAGCAAAGAGUUUUGGAGAGAUGCAUCCAUCCGGGAGGGCGGAUUAUCACAAUUUUUACGUUAAAUCGGAUUCGUAGAGGCGUUCCAGAGGGGCUCGGGGUAGUUAUAUAGAGGAUUUUACAAAAUGGUGAUUCGUUUUUGAAUGGGAGUGACCUUUAUACACCAUAUGGGAUAUACAUCUAUUGCUUUUGGCUCGGGGGUAAGGAGGCGUCUGUGCCAAUUUAUUUAACCCUCUGGACUGUAUCAUUUUCGCAAUACCCAAAUAAUAUAAUUGUUGCACUUUUUUUUUUCCAUGGAAAUAUUUUAGAUCUCGGUAUAUAAGCAGAAAGUAGCAUAUUUAUUGUGCCUAAAAUCUCAAUGUUUGACUGCAGCCAGAUGAAGAUUUUUCUAGAUUAAAUACAAGGUCCCAGUUUUAUUUUUGGAACCUACCUACAUGGAAGAAGGAUUGAGGGAGGCUGCUGCUUUGGGGGAUUUGGAAGAGGUGCAGAAGCUGCUAAAAUGUGGGGCCAAUGUUAAUUCACAAAAUGAGAUAAAUGGCUGGACUUGCCUGCAUUGGGCGUGCAAGCGGAACCACCUGCAUAUUGUAUCAUUCCUAUUAGAAGCCGGAGCCGAUGAAGAUAUUCUUACCAGCAAAGGAGAGAGGCCAGUGCAACUGACAUCCAAGAAAGAUAUCAAGAGGCUUUUGGGAGUGGAAGAGCCAGAAACAGAAGAAGCAAAAGCAGAUUCUGAGUUACCCUUUGUCCCAAAUUAUUUAGCAAAUCCCCCUUUUUCAUACAGCUUCUCUAGGGAAAAUACUGACAAAGAAGAACCUACUGCAGCCCCUCACUCUGAAAAUGGCGCCUCAUGCAACCCACCUCAUCUCGCCAUAACUCAUCCCUCCUUAUCGAAUGGAAUGGAAAAUGUCUGUAUAUCUACCUCUUCAACAAGCGAUGAUCCCCUCCCAGCAUUAUUCUUUAACAGAGAUGUGCAUGUUACCCCAGAUUGUGCACUAUCCCCAGUACAGAGUGGCCCUGUCUGCUCACCUGCCGUACCUCCAAACUGCAGUCUUUUCUCCCCAGUUUCUAACAGCCAUCAUCAUGGAAGUGUUAAUGCUGGACCUAUGCAAGUAUUUCAGCCGUUCUUUUUCACCGGUGCAUUUCCAUCCAACAUGAAAGAACUGGUCCUUAAAGUGAGAAUUCAGAGUGCUGCUCCAGGAGACAAUGAUUUCAUUGAAGUUGAAAUGGACCGUCAAGAGCUUACUUACAGAGAGCUGCUGAGAGUGUGUUGUAUGGAGUUGAAAGUCAGUCCAGAGAAUGUGGAGAAAAUUAGGAAAUUACCCAACACUAUGCUUAGGAUGGAUAAAGAUGUCGCCCGAUUGCAAGACUUCCAGGAACUGGAGCUGGUCCUGAGAAACAACAGCGACCGAUUUCGGACAACAACAUCAUUGACCGAGAGGCCUUGCUUCAACCAGAAAGCUUCACAACUAACCUACUGACCGAGUGGCAGUGCUGUGGCUCAGAUGAGUGUAUUCUAACCCAGAUCAAGUAGAUAUCAAUAAAUAAACUUAUCACAUUGCCGUGACACUAACACACACUCUACAGAUACUUCUUAGAAGCACAGAACAAAGAAGAAACUUUUUUUUUUCUUUUACUAAACCAUCUCUGUAUUUCUC